AUGCAAAGCCUGGCAUCUGUGGGUGCGGCUGAUUUUCGGCUAUUCGUUCUCUAUAUAUGCAACUCCGUUCCUGGCCACAAAUAUCGCACUUCUGUGGAUAAUUUGGGUGUUCAUUCUAUUCUACAUGAUCAAAAAUCCGCGGCAUCCACGCCAGUUUCAACGAGUGGCGCGAUCCACACGGACUAUACGCGGAUCCAGGCCAUGCGUGUAGCUGCUACCUGGAUCGACUUUACCAACGGGAAUUUGACAAUCUGGAUUAUUCUGGCGCCACCUUUGUAUCAGUGUCUGUUCCACCGCGACAAAUAUCUGCAGAUGUGGCUGAGAAAGCUUGAGCGUGAUGGGCUGAAGCACGCGUACGACAUUUCUGACAAGCAUAGACCAAACGAUGAAUUUUACCCGCCUCCGCCGGACAGCGACAUGAGCUCAUACCAGUUUCCGCUUCGGGGAGAGAAGCUGCCAGGUCCUCAAACUCGGGUGGCCACACAGUAUGGCGAUGUAUACGGACUUGGACAAGAGCGCACCACACUAACACUGAACCGAACAGUGUUUAGUAACUCAUUUGAUUCUUUAACCGAUGGAGGUGUUGACAGUCCUAGAAGGCUUGUUUAGGAAAUAGUCAAUAUUUAUUAAAAUACUCACAGUGGAUGUGCUCAAAUCUAACUGUAUCUAAUGCAA